AUGACGCCACCCGCGAACGCGAACGAACGAGUUAUCAUAGCCGAAUCUGGGGAUGUAUUGCUUACCCUACGCAACCCGGGUGCACCCUUCGCUGUUUGGGAGCGUGAAGCCGAAGAUGACGAUGCAGCCAAUGAAUCUGUCAUCAAAGAAGAGGGCAAGGAAGAUGCGGACGCAGACCAACAUCCGAAGGUAGAAGGCCCGCCACAGAAGAAGAGAAGGAUGGCAGAAAGAUCGAGGCAGGGGGCAGAAAUUCAAGACAAUUUGGGCGACGAUGCGGAACGCCCUUGUUUUGUGUAUCAGGUCUCAUCUCAACACCUGAUCACAGCUUCGCCAAAGUUCAAAAGCGAAGUCAUGUCCUGGAGCGAAAACCACAAAGCAGACGAUGGGUUUUACCACAUGGAAAUCGCAGACUGGGACUCAGAAGCAUUUGCUAUACUUUUGAACAUGCUUCAUCUCCGCUUCCGCCAAGUACCCAAGAUGCUGAGUCUGGAGCUGCUUGCCAAAGUCGCCAAGCUUGUGGACUAUUACCAAUGCUGGGAAGCGUUCGACCUGAUCGCGGACGUAUGGGUCAGGCACACUCGGACAAUUUGCCCACUAUCAGACGCGUAUAGUCGCGAGUUAAUCCUGUGGAUGUUCGUGGCCUGGGUGUUCAAAGUGGACACGAUGUUUGGCAGUACCACCAAGCUGACACUGCAACUAAAUGACCGGCCAAGCAUCCGCGACAUGGAUUUGGGCAUUCCACCUGGCAUUCUUCAUAGCAUCGCAGCAACUUUACCCACCGUCAUUGUCAAAGUCGGUGCGGAAGGCAAAGAGUACAUCCUACAUACUGAACUCCUCAAGCACCACUCCGGCUAUUUCCGCGGCGCACUAUCCGGCGCAUUUAGAGAAACCGACGAUGGCAUUAUUCCCAUCACAGAUAUCGAUACCGACGCAUUCGAUGCCUUCGUCGACUGGAUAUAUCGUGGUACCAUAGACAUCUCGUUGCGACUCGGUUACCCAGAAGCUGGCAAGAAUCCCUCCGUCUCAAGUCGAACAUACAUCUUAGCAGAUCGACUCCUUGUCCCCGGGCUGAAGUCUGCGCUCAUGGACGAUUACUUCGAGUUUUUCCUUCGCCCGCGCCCGGAGGUAGUGAUACCACGCUGCCGCAUGAUCAUUGAACUCUUCGGUAAUUUGCCUGAGCCGGAUCCAUUACUACGGUUUGUGGUGGACAUAUGGGUUACUCGGAAGGCGGUCUUCUACAUGCCCGAAUGUGAGGAGGCGGCUGCGUUGGAUUUGCCACAGGAUUUUCUUGUGAGAUUGAUGUUGCGGAUGAAUGAGUUGGGGGAGACGCCGCCGAAGCUGGAGAGUUUCAAGCGGGAGGAUUAUAGUGAGCCUGUGGCGAUCAAUGGCGCCGCUGCCGUAGCAGAGACCGUCGUUGUCAUAGUUGGACCCGAGGAAAAGCGAUACACUCUACACAAGCGGCUUUUGAGGCACCAUUCUGGAUAUUUCCGUCGCGUAUUCGUCAACGGGGUCAAUGAGUGUCGCCUACACAACACGACAAGUAAAGGCUUCGAUGUCUUCGUUGAUUGGAUAUAUGAGACAAGACUGCGCCCUUCUGUCGACACGAAGGGCGGUGAGGCGCGAUCCAUGCUCAGGGCCUACCUGGUGGCAGCGGGACUGUCAGUUGGACCGUUGAAGAAGGCAGUGAUGGACUGGAUGUUUCAUCAUCUGUCAAGUCACCGUCUCAGGGCUUGGGCUGUCAUAUGGAUGUUUGAGUCUUUGCCAAAUAACGACCCUUUACUCCAGCUAAUCGUGGAUUCAUUCUGCGUCAACAACGGUGUGAGAAAGAUGGACGUUGAGAGUUUCGCGAUGAUCGAAGACCUGCCAAAGGAGUAUCUGUGUCGUGUACUCCGAAAGCUACACCAGCUGAGCGAGCUACCAGAGAAGAACCGAGUUCUUGCACGUGAAGACUACAGCAUGGUGCUUUGCCUGUAG